AUGGAGAAGCAAAUGAGUCAAAAGGAAGCUAAGUUUGAGGCUCAACAAAGACAGUUUGAGGUUUUUCUUGUUCAAAUGCGUGCAAUAGGUAUGCCUAUUCUCGAACCAGCUCACAAAAACACAGAUCCAUUUCAGAUUGAAAAGGUUCCAAUUCCUCGGAUAUACAGAGAUGAAUUAGAGGUUCUACCUUGA